UCGUCCAUGCGCAGUGCUUUCUGAGCAGCUCCUUUGCUCGUCCAUUUUUACCAUUCGUCUCCCAGUCGUGCUCCGUGUUGCAGCUCCACGCUUUACACCUCGCAGAGAUGUUUCGUCUUCCAUCGGUCAUGAAGCAGGUGAGGCCCGUGUGCCGGGCGCUGGCUCCUCACCUCACACGAGGCUACGCCAAGGAGGUGAAGUUCGGCGCUGAGGCUCGCGCCCUCAUGCUGCAGGGAGUCGACCUGCUGGCCGACGCCGUGGCCGUCACCAUGGGCCCGAAGGGUCGCAACGUCAUCAUCGAGCAGAGCUGGGGCAGCCCCAAGGUCACCAAGGACGGCGUGACGGUGGCCAAGAGCAUCGACCUGAAGGACAAGUACCAGAACAUCGGCGCCAAGCUGGUGCAGGACGUGGCCAACAACACCAACGAGGAGGCCGGCGACGGCACCACCGCCGCCACGGUGCUGGCCCGCGCCAUCGCCAAGGAGGGCUUCGAAACCAUCAGCAAAGGCGCCAACCCCAUGGAGAUCCGCCGCGGCGUCAUGAUGGCCGUGGAAACCGUCAUCGCAGAGCUGAAAAAACUCUCCAAGCCCGUCACGACCCCCGAGGAGAUCGCUCAGGUCGCUACCAUCUCAGCUAACGGAGACGUGGAGAUCGGCACCAUCAUUUCCAACGCCAUGAAGAAAGUCGGCCGCAAGGGAGUCAUCACUGUCAAGGACGGGAAGACUCUGCACGACGAGCUGGAGAUCAUCGAGGGGAUGAAAUUCGACCGCGGCUACAUCUCCCCUUAUUUCAUCAACACCGCCAAAGGUCAGAAGUGCGAGUUCCAGGACGCCUACCUGCUGCUGAGCGAGAAGAAGAUCUCCACCGUCCAGAGCAUCGUGCCGGCGCUGGAGAUCGCCAACCAGAACCGCAAGCCGCUGGUCAUCGUGGCCGAGGACGUGGACGGAGAGGCCCUCAGCACGUUGGUGCUCAACAGGCUGAAGGUGGGGCUUCAGGUGGUGGCAGUUAAAGCUCCAGGCUUUGGGGACAACAGGAAGAACCAGCUGAGGGACAUAGCCAUCGCCACCGGGGGCACCGUGUUCGGGGAGGACGCCGUGGGUCUGCUCCUCGAGGACAUCCAGGCUCACGACUUUGGCAUGAUCGGCGAGGUGCAGAUCACCAAGGACGACACCCUGAUGCUGAAGGGCGGCGGCAAACCGGCGGAUGUGGAGAAGCGCAUCGCGGAGAUCCUGGAGCAGCUGGAGAACACGGAGAGCGACUACGAGAAGGAGAAGCUCAACGAGCGGCUCGCCAAGCUGUCCGACGGCGUCGCCGUGCUCAAGAUCGGCGGGACGAGCGACGUGGAGGUGAACGAGAAGAAGGACCGCGUGACCGACGCGCUGAACGCCACGCGGGCGGCGGUGGAGGAGGGCAUCGUGCCGGGCGGCGGCUGCGCUCUGCUGCGCUGCAUCCCGUCGCUCGACACCCUCAAGACCGCCAACGCCGACCAGAAGAUCGGCGUGGAGAUCAUCAGGCGGGCGCUCCGUGUUCCCGCCAUGACCAUCAUCAAGAACGCGGGCGUGGAGGCGUCGCUGGUGGUGGAGAAGAUCCUGCAGGGCCCGCCGGAGAUCGGCUACGACGCCAUGCUGGGGGAGUACGUCAACAUGGUGGAGAAGGGCAUCAUCGACCCCACCAAGGUGGUGAGGACGGCCCUGCUGGACGCCGCGGGCGUUGCCUCUCUGCUCGCCACGGCCGAGGCCGUCGUCACGGAGCUCCCCAAGGAGGAGAAGGAGAUGCCAGGAGGCGGCAUGGGCGGGAUGGGAGGCGGGAUGGGAGGCGGCAUGGGUUUCUAAGCCACGCCCCCUGACCUGCUGUCCAGAUUUAAUACAGGCCGAGUGGUGGUGGUGGGUGGGGGGGAGCUACACCCACCUCCACCACACGUUGCCCAAACGGACUGAUGAGUAUGUUGGACCCUCCUCCUCCAUCCCCUCCAUCGCUUCACCUGGUUCUGCCUCUGGAGGACGGGGGCCCGUCGAGCCUCGUUUACUCCACCUGUCCUCCACCCUGGAGGCUGCAGCACUCGACCAGAGAGAAACAUACUCAUGCAGAUUUCACAUGUUGUUGACGCUCUUCUAUUUACUGCAAAGGGAGUGCGAGAAGAGACGCCUCGCCAUGUUUGCGUCUGUCCUUUUUCUUCAUUUUGUUUUAGUACUUUAAUUCUUUUUGUUAGUGUUUUACAUAUAUAAUAUAUCUGUAGUGUUUUUGUUUUGUUUCCUGUCAUUUUGAUUUAAUUAAACCCAAUUUUCUUACAGAGCUUUGAGCAUUUUUCUGUGAUCUCUGAAGCAACGUCGUAGUGGACCCCGAUUGGGUCGCAUACCACAGUUUGAGCCUCGCCGUGUAUUGGACAGAUGUUUGAAUUAGAUCAUGUUUACGGAGACGUCUGUCGGGGGUCAUUUUCAUACAGAUUCAUUUUCUUCUGUCGAGCAUCAGCCGGUGUGUCCGUCUAACUCUGAUUAUUGAUUUCUUAAUGUCUGCGUACGUGUGAGGCGGGGUUCAAGUUACAAAGCAGUUUAUUCAAAGUCUAAAUGUGAAUCUGUGACGUCGUCGUUUUACUUUCAAUUUUUUCUCCACUCGUCUGCUUCAAGAAGAACUUCAGUCUCUGGAUGCUCGCAUAACACGGGAUGUUAUUCCUUCGCAAAAAAGCAACUAGAAGUGAUUAUUUGACUUGUUUUGUACUAUUUCAUGGUGAUUAUUUUUCUUUUCUCUUUUUUUUAUUUAAUAAAUUCAAUUGUUCUGAUG